AAUAGAACAUAACAAAAAUUAAUAAAUAUGGAAACAGAUGAGGAACUUGCGUUUAGAGAUUUUAACUCACUUAAACGUUACAAAUUCAAUGAUGAGAGGACAUCAACAACAACGUCACGCGAACAACAAAAGACGGAGAAUUCCAUCGAAAAAUGUUAUAAUCGUUUUCAACAAAUGCAGUACCUGGACGUAAAGGUUAAAAAAAUUCACCGAGAAGAACAUCAACGCUAUCUAGAGACAAUGCUGCGCAGGUUACCAUCACAUUAUGAAUGUCUGGAUAGCAGUAGACCAUGGAAUGUGUAUUGGAUAUUACAAGCGGCACAUUUGCUGAACUUCACUUUCGAUGAAGAGACAUUGGAGGAUGUUGUACAAUUCCUAAUCAAAUGUCGCCAUCCAAAUGGUGGGUUUGCAGGAGGUCCUGGACAAUAUCCUCAUUUAGCACCAACGUAUGCCGCCGUAAAUUGUUUGUGCAUAAUUGGUACACCGAGUGCAUAUCGUGCCAUCGACCGUGAAUCAUUAAUAAAGUUUUUGUUUUCCGUGCGUGAAACCGAUGGUUCAUUUCGCCUGCACGUGGAUGGCGAGACUGACGUACGUGGUGCAUAUUGUGCUAUAUCUUGUGCAAAACUAACAAACAUGCCUGAUGAAGUACUGAAGAAGUUAUUUGAUAAGACGGGCGAUUGGAUUUCCAGUUGUCAAACAUAUGAAGGCGGCUUCGGUGGUGCGCCGGAUCUUGAAGCUCAUGGGGGAUAUACGUUUUGUGGUAUUGCAGCACUUGCUUUGCUAGACGAAGGUUAUAAGUGCGACACCCAACAAUUACUGAAAUGGAAUCUACAACGUCAAAUGCCAUUUGAAGGUGGAUUUCAGGGGCGUACCAAUAAACUUGUGGAUGGCUGCUAUUCAUUUUGGGUCGGCGCAACAAUACCUAUUACUCAAGCCAUUAUCCAAGAAGGCGAAUCCUUAAAGGAGUCUCUAUUCGAUACCGGUGCUUUACAGGAAUAUAUUUUGCUUUGUUGCCAAAAAGCAAACGGUGGAUUAAUUGAUAAGCCGGGCAAGCCUCAAGAUCUCUAUCAUACCUGCUACACCUUAAGUGGCGUUUCGAUAGCUCAACAUUCGAGUUUUUCCUUUAAUCCCCAAGUCCUAGGCGAUCCGGUAAACGAGCUUCUGCCAACGCAUCCACUUUUUAACGUACCGCCUCGUGCAGUUGCUUUAUCAUUAGGCCACUUUGAGCAACUAAAUCAAAAUUACAAAGAUAGCAAAAUACCGCUAAAUACUCAGCAAAAUUCGGCGCCGAACUGUGGCAAAAACAGCAACGAUUGUGAAAAAUCAUCUACCGAAUGCUGCAUGGAAACAGAUAAUGGCAUAAAUAAUGCUGAGGAUGAUGAGGAAGCGAGAGUUUCCUCUGUUAGUUCGUCAAUAUCGAAUUGAUAAAAAUACAAUUGUUUUGUGAUUGUAUUUAAGAACUUAUGCAAAAAAUUUAUAGAUAUAUGUAUGUAUAUAUUGACGAAUUAUUUUUCUCCGGGGAAUGGAGAACGUAUGUAAAUGUGAAUUCUAGCAACAAAUUUUUUUAAAGCGUGUGAAUUUACAUACAUAUGUACGUAUGUAAUUAUGUAUGGAUGUAAAUUUGAAAGCAGAAAAGCCGCCCUAUUUAUUAUUGGGACAAUCCCAUGAUUUACUUACGCUCGCUCAACACAAAUAUAAUCCUUUAAAAUAUUUUACAA